AUGACUUACAACUCAGAAAAGAACACUCGCCUUCGAGCUCGACAGCUACAGCUCCUCUAUGUGCUGCACACACAAGUCCCAGAGCUUUACGCAGACCAAAUCACUAGUGAAGACAUUGCCCUGGCCAAUGCGCUUGAACCCUGCUGGACUCACAGCCUUGCCUUGCCCAAGCACGUUCUCACCUAUCUUUACGAGUGGGUUACCAAGAAGGGAUCUCUUGCUGCUGUGCUUCGCAGCUUCCGUGUAAAUGCCACAGAGCUCCCCGAUGCUCAGCCCCCGUUUGACGAAUCGGAUGUCGAGAUGUAA